AUGGCUUCGUUGCUGGAGUCCCUGUGUUGUGUGGAUGUGUAUAGGAUUCUUCACCUUGUUGCUGUCUUUUGUUUGUCUGUGGUGCUGCUGAAGGUCAUCCAGCUACACCAGAGGAGAGAGACACUAAAGAGAGCCUUGGAGCCUUUCCCAGGACCUGCCAGCCCCAGUCUGUAUGGGCAAGUACAUGAGUUACACUGGGAUGGAUAUGAUCUGGACACAUUGCAUAGCUGGUCAUUACAAUACCCAUUUGCCAACCCUGUGUGGUUUGGAAAGUUUACUGUUUACUUAAACAUCACUCACCCAGAAUAUGCCAAGACUUUACUAUCCAGGACAGAUCCCAUUGAGAAUGUGGCUUAUCAUUUUUUCACUCCCUGGAUUGGUGAAGGUUUGUUGGUUUUAUCUGGACAGAAGUGGUACCAGCAUCGCCAGCUGCUGACUCCUGGGUUACAACGCAAUGUACUAAAGCCAUAUGUGAAAAUCAUAUCCACUUGUACCAAUGUUAUGCUGGACAAACUGCCUGAGCAGGGAACAUCAGAAGAAACCAUUGAUAUUUGCCCACACAUCAGUUUGAUGACGCUGGACAGCAUCCUUAUCUGUACCUUCAGCUGCCACACCAACUGCCAGACAGACAUUGAUAAUCCAUUUAUAAAAGCUGUGCUUGAGCUCACAUCUCUGGUGCAUGAAAGACUGGGCUUUAUCCCGUAUUAUGCUGACUUCCUGUUCUAUCUCAGUCCUCUGGGGAUUCGCUUCCAGCGAGGCUGCAAAAUCUCACGGAAGAAGACAGGGGAAAUGAUCAAACAGAGGAGAGAAAUCCUCAAACUGGAAGAGAACUCUGAUAAACCCCAAAGCACAAGGGAGGCUGAUUUUUUGGAUGUCCUUCUCCGCUCUCGUGAUGAAAAUGGUCAGGGUCUGUCAGAUGAGGACCUGCAAGUCGAGCUGAACACGUUCAUGGUUGCCGGCCACGAAACAAUGGCCAGCGGGAUCUCAUGGACCCUAUACUGCCUGGCCAAAUACCCUGAGCACCAGAGGAAGUGCAGUGAGGAGAUCACAAGAGUCCUGGGGGAGAGACGGACCAUGGAAUGGGACGACUUGAGCCUGAUACCGUACACCACCAUGUGUAUCAAAGAGAGUCUGCGCCUCUAUCCUCCUGUCCCCGUGCUGACCAGGAAGCUCAACAAGCCAAUGACGUUCUGUGAUGGACGGUCAGUACCAGAAGGCUGCCCUGUAUCUGUGAGUGUCUACAGCAUCCACAGGAACCCUGAUGUGUGGGAAGAUCCAGAGGUUUUUGACCCACUACGUUUCUCUUCUGAGAAUUCAGCAGGCAGGCACUCUCACGCAUAUCUCCCAUUUGCGGCUGGGCCGAGGAGUUGCAUCGGCCAACAUUUUGCCAUGAUCGAGAUACAAGUUGCUGUUGCUUUGACCCUAAGCCACUUUGAGUUGUAUCUAGAUCCAACAAGGAUCCCCAUCAAAACUGCAGCAAUCACCCUAAAAUCUAGGAAUGGGAUCUACCUGAGGUUUGAGAGUAUCCAUGAAGGACAGAAGGAUGGAAAGGAAUGA